UCCAUCAAAGCAGGAGAAAAAAUUGAUUCCUCUCUCGUUCCGUUCCGGAGGCCGACGAGCGAGGAGAGAGAAAGCUACGGAACGGAGCGGGAGAGCGGCGGCCAUGGCGUCGUCGUCGUCGUCGAACAGGUUCUCGCCGGCGCUGCAGGCGUCGGAUCUCAACGACUUCAUCGCGCCCUCGCAGGACUGCAUCAUCUCCCUCAACAAGGGCCCCUCCUCCGCCCGCUCCCGCCUUCCGAUCAAACAAAAGGAAAUUGCAGUGAGCACGAAACCUCCAGAGGAAGCAGUCAAAAUUUCGCUGAAGGACUGCUUGGCUUGCAGUGGUUGCAUAACAUCAGCAGAGACAGUUAUGCUUGAGAAGCAAAGCUUGGGUGACUUCAUUAACCGCAUCAACUCUGGUAAAUCCGUUAUAGUAUCUGUCUCUCCACAGUCAAGGGCAUCGCUAGCUGCAUUCUUUGGUCUUUCUCAAUCACAGGUUUUCAGAAAACUGACCAUGCUUUUCAAGUCGAUGGGUGUGAAGGCAGUUUAUGACACAAGUUCCAGCCGGGAUCUGUCCCUUGUUGAGGCAUGCAGUGAAUUUGUUACUCGUUAUCAACAAAAUCAGUUAUCUAGUGGCAGUGAAUCUGGAAGAAAUCUUCCCAUGCUUUCAUCUGCAUGCCCAGGUUGGAUAUGCUAUGCUGAAAAAACUCUAGGUUCAUAUAUCUUGCCUUACAUCUCAUCUGUGAAGAGCCCUCAACAAGCCAUUGGUGCUGCUAUCAAACAUCAUAUGGUUGGAAAACUUGGUCUAAAGCCACAGGAUGUUUAUCAUGUUACUGUGAUGCCCUGUUAUGAUAAAAAGCUGGAAGCCGUACGGGAUGAUUUUGUUUUCUCAGUUGAAGAGAAAGACGUCACAGAGGUAGACUCAGUAUUGACAACUGGGGAGGUGUUAGAUUUGAUUCAGGCCAAAUCUUUUGAUUUCAAGACCCUAGAGGAAUCUCCCCUGGACAGAUUAUUAAGCAAUGUUGAUGAUGAUGGUCAUCUUUACGGGGUUUCUGGUGGUUCAGGGGGUUAUGCAGAAACAGUCUUUCGAUAUGCAGCACAUGCGCUCUUUAACAGAGAAAUAGAAGGUCCACUUGAUUUCAGAGUCUUACGAAAUUCAGAUUUUCGUGAAGUUUCACUAGAGGUCAAGGGCAAACCUGUUCUUAAGUUUGCACUUUGUUAUGGAUUCAGAAACCUGCAGAACAUUGUUAGGAAGAUAAAGAUGGGAAAAUGUGAAUAUCACUUUAUUGAAGUUAUGGCUUGUCCUUCAGGUUGUCUGAAUGGUGGAGGUCAAAUAAAACCUGUCAAAGGUCAAUCUGCCAAGGAUCUCAUCCAACUACUGGAGGGUGUUUACCUGCAAGAUGUAUCGAUAUCCAACCCUUUCGAGAACCCUAUUGUGAAAAGGUUAUACGAUGAGUGGCUUGGGCAACCUGGUUCAGAAAACGCGAAGAGGUAUCUACACACGAAAUACCACCCCGUGGUGAAAAGCAUUGCCUCGCAAUUGCAGAAUUGGUGAUAGCACAAGUCUUUUAUUGCAUUUGGAAAUCCUAUGGUCUUAGAGAGUCAGCAGGCACUUGCACAAGACAUAGUGGUGCCCUGCCCACAUAAGCAAACAUUGAACACAGAAAAUACACACCACGAAAGCCUCAAAGGUUUUGCUUGCGAGCAAAUGAGUUUUGUUAGACUAUAGGCUUAUAUUACCUUCUUUCUUGGUAAUGUCGUAUACUACUACCUCACUGGAAAACACAGUUGAAAUUGUAACAUGUAAAAAUGAAAUGAACCAAAUAGGUGUUUUUCUGCUCAACUGAUAAUUCGAUUACAGUUGUCCAAUAUUUCGUGACGGCCCGUUUGUCCGAUUGUUCUGUUGACAUCUAUAUAGUGAUUACUUCAAUUUUUUUUUAUGUACAACAGUUAA